AUGUCGGUGAGCGAACAAAGUCAUGCCGCCAACUUCAUAUCCUCGCAUACAUCACCGAAUCAGGCGACGGUCCAACCUUCGAACAUCUCCUCCCCCCCGUCCUCUACGCCGAUGUCUACCCAAGUCUCCCAGCAGCCCACAAUGAGCACAACCAACUCAUUCCCUACUCCCGCCAGCAGUGUCAGUGGUAAUCCUGCGAAUGCGACCUCGGAGGAUGUGGAUCAGGGGAGAAAAUCUUUCAAUAUGGGGAUACAAGACUCGGCAGAAAUCUCGGGAGCACGUCCCGCUCAGCAACCAACACAACACAGACCCACCGACCACGAUCGGCAGUCCUCACAAACAGAAAGCAAUAACAAUUUUGCCACCGGGCAGGGUCAGCACUCGACAGACCCCGACGCUAUGGAUGUAGAUACAGAGCCGACUCGCCGGGCAGAUACCCUCAGUCUUGAUCUGGAUUCUCUUCAGAAAGAGCUAACCUCGGCUUUUCAUCUUUGCAAGAGCACUGAAGUUGUUAACACUGCUUUUUACUCCUUGACAGCUCCGAUCGUUACUGGUCCAGACCCGUCAGUGGAUCUCGUUUCUCUCUAUGGGUUAGGCUCAAUCGCGCACUCGGUAGCACGCAUGGAUCCCGUGACAGGGGAGAAGAUCAACCGGCUCAGGAAAUCAUACGAAGGAAAGCUGAAAGGGCUGGGACUCGCUGGACGGAACAAACCCCUCAAGCAGGAAAUUGGUGCUCCUGGCAGUCUGAGGUACAUGACUCUAUGGCCUGAAGAGGAAUGGCAGAACCAGAAGGUGCAUGGCAAGGCCAUCAAGGUUUCAGACAUGGAUUCGGCGCUACAAAAUCUUCAAUUGCGGGCUAUGCAAAUGGAACCAGGACCCAUUCCUAACAAUGAUUUCUGGGAAGAUAUCUUGGGUCAUGAAAAGCAGGCCAAGAAUCCAGCGCCAGGCGAGACUGGCAAGAAGGCUGCCCUAGCCCCAACUGCUGGUCGUCCCUCUACUCAAUCCUAUGCCGCAUCUCCACGAUCACAGGAAGCAGAACGGCCACGGCCUAGCAGAGGUCGCAAGAGACAUUACGAUGAUAAUAGCUUUGCCGGCUAUGGCGAAGGGUUUGUGGAUGAUGAUGAUGACCCCGGAUUCUACUCGAAUGGCGAGGGAACUGGGAAGAAGAAACGCAAGAAGGUAUUGCAUUCCCAUGGACAGUGA